UGACUCUGGGCGCCGAGGCUGGCGCGGGGCGAGCCCGCAGCUCGCAGAAUGAAGGCGGGGAGCGCGGCCGGCGGCCGGCGGGGGCUGGCUCCGCGACCCCAGCGCCCGGAGGAGCGGCCCAACCACCUGAACCCGGAAAACGCCAACAAGUAGUUUCUCGUUGGAGCAGGGCUGCUCGGCUGGGUGUCAGGACUCAGUCCGGCUGCCCGGAGAAGCUCGUCCACUCGGAAACCAAAGCAGAACCACUUUUCUGUCGGUCUCGUUAAGUCAUGUCUGAGCCACAGAGAUGGGCAAGAUCGAGAACAACGAGAGGGUGAUCCUCAAUGUCGGGGGCACCCGACACGAGACCUACCGCAGCACCCUCAAGACCCUGCCUGGGACGCGCCUGGCCCUGCUCGCCGCCUCCGAGCCCCCGGGCGACUGCCUGACGGCGGCGGGCGACAAGCUGCAGCCGUCGCCCCCUUCGCUGUCGCCGCCGCCGCGACCGCCCCCACUGUCUCCCGGGCCGGGCGGCUGCUUUGAGGGCGGCGCGGGCAACUGCAGCCCCCGCGGCGGCGGCCGCGAGUUCUUCUUCGACCGGCACCCGGGCGUCUUUGCCUACGUGCUCAACUACUACCGCACGGGCAAGCUGCACUGCCCCGCCGACGUGUGCGGGCCGCUCUUCGAGGAGGAGCUGGCCUUCUGGGGCAUCGACGAGACGGACGUGGAGCCCUGCUGCUGGAUGACCUACCGGCAGCACCGCGACGCCGAGGAGGCGCUCGACAUCUUCGAGACCCCCGACCUCAUCGGCGGCGACCCCGGCGACGACGAAGACCUGGCGGCCAAGAGGCUGGGCAUCGAGGACGCCGCGGGCCUGGGGGGCCCCGACGGCAAGUCUGGCCGCUGGAGGAGGCUGCAGCCCCGCAUGUGGGCCCUUUUCGAGGACCCCUACUCGUCCAGAGCCGCCAGGUUUAUUGCUUUUGCUUCUUUAUUCUUCAUCCUGGUUUCGAUCACAACCUUUUGCCUGGAGACACAUGAAGCUUUCAAUAUUGUUAAAAACAAGACAGAACCAGUCAUCAAUGGCACAAGCGUUGUUCUGCAAUAUGAAAUCGAAACGGAUCCUGCCUUGACGUAUGUAGAAGGAGUGUGUGUGGUGUGGUUUACUUUUGAAUUUUUAGUCCGUAUCAUUUUUUCCCCUAAUAAACUUGAAUUCAUCAAAAAUCUCUUGAAUAUCAUUGACUUUGUGGCCAUCCUACCCUUCUACUUAGAGGUGGGACUCAGUGGGCUGUCAUCCAAAGCUGCUAAAGAUGUACUUGGCUUCCUCAGGGUGGUAAGAUUUGUGAGGAUCCUGAGAAUCUUCAAGCUCACCCGCCAUUUUGUAGGUCUGAGGGUGCUUGGACACACUCUUCGAGCUAGCACUAAUGAAUUUUUGCUGCUGAUAAUCUUCCUGGCUCUAGGAGUUUUGAUAUUUGCUACUAUGAUCUACUAUGCCGAGAGAGUAGGAGCUCAACCUAACGACCCUUCAGCUAGUGAGCACACGCAGUUUAAAAACAUUCCAAUUGGCUUCUGGUGGGCUGUAGUGACCAUGACUACCUUGGGCUAUGGGGAUAUGUACCCCCAAACAUGGUCAGGGAUGCUGGUGGGAGCCCUGUGUGCUCUGGCUGGAGUGCUGACAAUAGCCAUGCCAGUGCCUGUCAUUGUCAACAACUUUGGGAUGUACUACUCCUUGGCAAUGGCGAAGCAGAAACUUCCAAGGAAAAGAAAGAAGCACAUCCCUCCUGCCCCUCAGGCAAGCUCACCUACUUUUUGCAAGACAGAAUUAAAUAUGGCCUGUAAUAGCACACAGGGUGACACGUGUCUGGGCAAAGACAAUCGGCUUCUGGAACAUAACAGAUCAGUGUUAUCAGGUGACGACAGUACAGGAAGUGAGCCGCCAUUAUCACCCCCAGAAAGGCUCCCCAUCAGACGCUCUAGUACCAGAGACAAAAACAGAAGAGGGGAAACAUGUUUCCUACUGACAACAGGUGAUUACACGUGUGCUUCUGAUGGAGGGAUCAGGAAAGGAUAUGAAAAAUCCCGAAGCUUAAACAACAUAGCGGGCUUGGCAGGCAAUGCUCUGAGGCUGUCUCCAGUAACAUCACCCUACAACUCUCCUUGUCCUCUGAGGCGCCCUCGAUCUCCCAUCCCAUCUAUUUUGUAAACCAAACUGCAUCAGUCGGCUAAAUUGUAUGAAUUCGAGUACUGUUUACCCCAAAAUGGAAAUAAGUAAAUGUAGAGUUACUCCAGGCUCCAUUAAAUACAGUUUCAAUCCUGCAUGAUACUACUUUUUGAAGUCAGAAAUGCCACUUGGGUAGCUCACAAAUCUUCUCCUGGCUAUAAAGAUUAUCUAAAGUAGUGAUACUUCUCCAUAUUAAUUACCCUGCUCUCCUUUCGCAAUAAAAUGACAGGUAGUGUCAGAUAUUGGCCAGUAUGCUAAUACGUAAACAUAUCUUCAGGGAGAUAUAAUUAAAACAGUGUGCUUCCAAACACCGGUCACUUCAUUGGACCUUCAUUUCUCGUGACUCUAAACCAUUUUGAAGAUGUUUGGGAUCCUAUCUUGAUUGCACACAACAUGACUUUGGUCAGCUCAUUUGCAUGGACCAUCUUGUCUCUAUCACCUGAAAGCAAUGUCGCAGAGUUCGGGGACCGUGGAUGGCUCAGGAUAUGUGUACCUGCUGAUAUGAAAGCACUGGUUGACUGUUCUGCAUGUUGAAUUGUGGGGCAGGGAGGGCGAGUUUCUCCUUGACAUUUUUUUUCCUUAUUCUUUGAAAGAAAUAUUUGUUUUAAACAGUUUAAUUUCUUGGUUGAUUUACUUUUCUUCAAAAAUGCUGUAUUGGAGUUCUGAAUGUCUCUGGUUGUUUGCACACAGAUAACUGCAAAGAGGUUGUCAUUACUGGUUACACGCGAGCUGAGGCCAGAGCUCUUACUUAAUGACUUGGGGAAGGCACAAAACAUGAGAGAAAGGUAACUGCCAGCCAGGCUUGCAUUGUUUAGCCAGGAAUUGCUGCUUGGUAUUAGAGUCAUAUAUAUAUUUUUCCAAUCCCAGGAUUUGUCAUCAUUUUCAGAGGCAAAGUGCCAAAUAUCACCCAAAGCUCUCGUGUCUUUUUUUAUCCCCUUCCUUUAUUUUUAUUUAUUGAUUUUUGUGCAAACAUCAAAGAUUGUUUUCACUGGAGGCUUUCUUGACCAGCCUUAAAUUUCUGACUCACGGGAUUAAUCAGAUUUUCAGGCAGUGUUGAAUCAGGUGCUUUGUCCUGUAUGGCGUUUUGUCCGUCUGUCUUAGCUCCCUGUCUUCAAUGUAUAUGCCAUCUGUCUUCAUGAAGCACAGAAAUGCCUUGAUAAGAUGUUCAUGAUUUUAGUAACGGGUCCUCUCCCCUGCGCCCCGCCUUCUCUGCUAUUUGGAACAGCCUCUCUGCUUUGUGUGUAAAUGGAUGAUGCCCUGUAGACUACCUACGUUAAUCAGUACUGUGAACCUUUUUGAUAAGCAGGAUUUAAGCAGCAGUAUCACCAUUACAUUUGGUUGCUGGCUGCAGUGUCAGUGUCUACUACCUAGCAACCAGCAUUCAUCACUACACUCCAGCAAAACCCCUAGGGAGUUUUAUUCAGCCCAAGUGGAAGAAAUUCUGUUUACAGUGUCCCGAUGAAUGCAAUAGCAAUAGUGUGUCCGGUGUAUUGGGCAUGUGAGGGAGGAAAAAUGCCAUACUAUAAAUUGAGGGAUAAGCAUUAUUAUUUCUAAGGCAUUCAGGAUCCUUGAGACUGUUGAUUAAUCCUUAAUUCUCAUGUUUAUUUUUUGUGAGGAAGACAAAUGUCAUUUUUAUUAUUGAUCACAUAACGUCUAUUAUUCUCUAAGUCCUAAAGCAUGAACUGCAUGUCUGAGAUUUUGUACGGCAAUGUAUUUACCCAGACGUACACAUCUGAUAUUUAGAGAUUCUGUGAUCCUUUUAAUGACACCACCCUUAGAAAGUUAUAAUUCCAUAUAGCUUUAUGGUAAAGGAAUUAAUAUACUGUCUGGUGCUGCUGUUAUUGACUGCAGUGUUGUACAGAAUUUAUCAUGGAUUUUUGACUGCUGAAAAAGGGACAAUGGAAUUUAGCCAUGCCAAGGACUGUACUGGAAACAGACUUCUGCUGCUGAAUGUGCCCUGAUGUGACCAGGUCGCACUCGGAAGAAGUCCCUGCGUCUUCAUGAGGCAUCUAAAGCUUAGAAAAGAACUGUGGCUGGAACUCAUUUGGUGCUCCCCAUAUGAGUGGUCUGCUUGUGGACCUGCCGGGAUCCAUGAGACAAUUGUAAAUACCAACACGUGUGCAUGGGUCAACAGCUUCAGCCAUCUCACACCCAAGGAAGCCAAAUUCAUGAUCAAUAUCUCUGAAGCUUCAAGUAAGGCCCAUACCUCUGUGAAUUGCCCCUCUUGGGCCUGCAGUAGAUUGUGCUGUGAAUCAUACAAGGCAGUGAUAAUGGCGUAGUAUAGGUGUGUCUUAAUUUUCCUUAUUUCUUCUUUGUUGUUUGAAUCCAUGAACAUCGAUGGUAUCAUUUUUUUAUAAAACCAUUUAUGUUAUCUGCUUGUCUUUUUGUGAAAUUUUCAGUGCCUAUUUAUCAAAACUAACCUGUGUUUAGUCACAUAUUUGUUUAGUUCUGGGGAAUCAUUAUGACUUUUAAAGAAAACUCACCAAUGUUAUUCAUGGUUUAAGUGUUUUGUCAUUGUUACCUCAAUUAUAAAUAUUACAGAAAAUAAAAUUCUGGCAACGAGAGUAUUUUUUUAUUAAAUGAUCAAGGAGUAAUGUCAGUAUAUAGUAGAGUAUUAAUCAAAUUAUAUCCUAAAAUGUAUAUUUUGCAUAAAAGAGAUAUUCUUCAAUCAAUUACUUUUUGUGAGUUUUGUGGCAACCGAAGCUUGUACUUGUUUAAAGUUGUUGUAGUUGAAACUGUGUAAGAAUUCUUCAUCUUGCUUAAUCAAUAUUUCCAGAAUCGAUUAGUUCCCCUGGGAUUCUGAAUAUAACAUAUAACCUAAUUAUGAACCCCUGUAUUGUGGACCUUUUGUGAACAUUUCAAGGUGCAUGCACAACCUUGGUGAUAACUGAUGGAUAUGUAACUAACUGAAAUGAAGAAUAAAAGGCAAAUAAGCUGGGGAUAAACUUGAAUCCUAUCUGAUUAAAUUAUUCAUAUUCUUU